AUGGAAGUAUCAAUUAGAAUUGAUCCACAGAGUGGUAAUAAUAAUGAUCAAGAUGAUAUAUCUAUAAUACCUACAACAAAUAACAAUAACAACAACAACAACAAUAAUAAUAGUAACAAUUCUGUAAAUAACAAUAGUGGUAAUAAUAAUGGAGGUAAUACAAUAAAUAGCAUUGGUAGUGGAAUUAAUUCACUGUUGACAACAGCUGCAAACAACACAUCAUCGUUGUCACAAUUGAUUAGUCAACGUGGUCACUCACUGUUUGGCAGUAACAACCAACAUCUAUCUUUUAAUUCAAAUGGUAUCAAUUUGAUGAAUACUAUAAAUAACAAUAGCAAUAAUAGCAAUAAUAACAGUCAUAGUCACAGUCACAGUCAUAAUCAUAAUCAUAAUCACAAUCACAGUCUUAAUCACAGUCAUAGCAAUAUAGUAAAUAUAAAUAUAGAGGAUGAUCAUGGAAUCGAUAUAAAUAAUCAAUUGAAUAAUAGUUCAACAACAACUACAACAACAACAACGAAUAAUAGCAAUAGCAAUAGCAACACCAAUAACAAUGGUAAUGUAAAUGGUUUCGAGUCAAACAAUCAACAACAGCAACAAACACAACCACAAACAGUAUCAAACUCAACAGCAAGACUUGAUCUACCGUCUAUUAUGAAAUGGCUGGAACAUUCCUAUCCUUUCAUCGUUAUAUUAUUAGUUGUAUUUUUAUAUAAACAUCGCCAAGGCAUCCUUAUGUUCCUCUGGCAACAAAUUGUAUUUUUCCAAGCAAAUCAAGCAUUAAAAUCUCAAGUUGCAUUACAAGAAAAGAGAAAUAUUGGAGUACUAUGUUGGUUAAUUUUAAUAUUAUCAAGUAAUAUCGCCACCACCUAUCUAUUCUUUGGAAACAACGAACUUUGGAGAUCAUUGAUAUUACUCUAUCCAUCCAUUUCCAUCGAUAUUUAUAAUGCAUUUUGGUGUGCAAUCUUAAAUGAUUUUAUGGCUAGAUUCAUUACAAUGAUUAUAAAAGCAGUUUGUAUUAUAGUUGUUGGACAUAGACCACCACAUAAGAGAAGAGCACAGCUUUACACUGUUAUUGAAGUUACCAGUCAUUUGUAUAGAUCGAUUCUACCGAUAACCAUUUGGUUCAAGUACUUGCACUCGCUGCAUGACGACGGUGAGCAUAUCUUUGGAUCGCUGAUGGUCGGACUCUACUUUACAUUCAAGUUGACCAAUUUGAUUGAAAAGACAAAGCAGUGGUUCCAAACAGCCAAGGCAUAUGUACUGCGUGAAGUGUUAUACGGCAGAAAGGCAACCAUGGAGCAGGUGGCAGCCGUCGGUGACCUGUGUGCCAUCUGUCAAGAGAAGAUGGUCUCUCCUAUAGUGUUACGUUGCGAUCAUCUCUUUUGUGAAGAUUGUGUUUCACAGUGGUUCGAAUUUGAAAAGACAUGUCCACUGUGUCGUGCAGCGAUCGCCACAGCCGGCAACAGAACUCAUUCCGAUGGAACUACAAGCAUACUGUUCCAACUAUUCUAA